CAGAACGUCGGUCCGAGGGCUCUACCGUAACCAUUGAUGCUCACUAUGACUUUUUGAGGGAACCAUUUUGACUGGAUUUCUGUAUUUCACUACCUGAAGUAAGGACGAUGUUUUCGUCGGUGAGUAAACGUUGUUUUAUGAUAGAAUCAUUGGUGGCCAAAGAAAACUCUCACACCACGGAAGAUCCCAUCCGAACGACGGCCCUGACUUAUUCAAACUCCACUGACGCUUUCAUGAGCGGGUAUCAGAGUCCCACCGGCAGGUCUCUGUCCCAGAACCCGGAGCUGGUGUUCCAUGAGUCGGUCAACCACCCCGGGCUGACCAUGAACCCCCACCAGCUUGGAGGGGGCCACCUACAACACCCUUCACACUUCUUUGGGACACAACACCGAGACCCUCUCAACUUCUACCCAUGGGAUUUACGAAACAGGUUAUUCGGAUACAGAUUUCAAGGAAACGAUGUUUCCCAAGAAAGACUGCUACUCCACCGCCCAUUCGCCCGAAAACCAAAGCGCAUCCGCACCGCCUUCUCCCCGUCGCAGCUCCUGCGGCUUGAGCGGGCGUUCGAGAAGAAUCAUUACAUAGUAGGAGCCGAGAGGAAACAGCUGACCAACAGUCUCAGUCUGUCUGAAACACAGGUGAAGGUGUGGUUCCAGAACAGGAAGACCAAAUACAAGAGACAGAAGCUGGAGGAGGAGGGGCCUGACUGUCAUCAGAAGAAGAAAGGAAACCACCACAUCCACAGAUGGAGGCUUGUCACUAAGCACGGCAGCUCCAAGGACAUCGACGUCGGACUGGACUACGACCCCAACCCUGGCCCUCUGCCCCCCCCCCAACCCCUGGCCUGUGUCCCCUUUUGGAACACAAGAGGACCAAAGUUAAUGCUAGUUAUUAUGUGA